ACAGAAAUAGAAACCUACGGUCUACGCUUAUACAAUCGGACAUGUCCGAGAAUUGUAUUUUUGGAACCCCUGCUUGCCCACACAGCUUAUGCGAUAGGAAUUGAUUCUAAGUAUGAUACUAGGUUCAGACGAGUUGAUUUCAAUUAGUGCUGUUUCACAUUUCCAUAAGCACCGUUGAGUUAAAUUUUUUUUUCAAUUUCCUCCCGUUGUUGGUUGUUGGCCAUUUAAAGAAAUUACAUUUGCAAAAUAAAUCUGUUGACGGUCCCAAGGCAUGUACGCCUUUCAGUAAUCAAUCACCUUCUAGUCUACUAUAUUCAUACAGAGUAACAUUAUAUAGUCAGGAAUAAUUCAAGAAUCAGAAUUUUUACUAAACUUCUGUUACCGAUAUGGCUAACGGUAUAAAGAAACUCGAUGAAUAUAACUUAAUGGUGCUCAGAGAACAACUGACAUUGCCCGCAAAUAAAUAUUGCUUCGAUUGUAACCAAAGAGGACCUACAUAUGUGAAUGUUACUAUAGGUUCAUUUGUCUGUACAUCAUGUUCUGGACUAUUGUAAGUACCUAUCUAUAUCUAUAUACUAAAAAAAAGACCAUUUGCUGAAUUUAAAUCACGGUAGCAAAUUAGCUGUCAAAGGGUUUGGUUAGGAAUGUAUGACUCAAAACAACCUACAAAAGAUGAAAAACAAAUAAAAGAAUUUAUGGUUGCAAAAUACGAAAAAAAGAUGUAUUAUUCUGAUCAAGUUUCUCAAAAAUUAAACAAUGGUAUUCAAGCAAGGCCUACGGUUACCACUGUAACUACAAAUCAUCAAAAAACUAGUACGACUUCUACGCCUGCAAUAAAUAUAUCAUCUCCUAACAAAUUUGAGUUUUUGAAAGAAGAACCCUCAAACCAAAAUCAAUCUCCAAUUCAAACAUCUCAAUCUUUUGCAAAUUUCGAUAAUAAUCCAGUAUUUUCUACAUCUUUUGAUACUUCUAAAAAUAUUGAUUUAAAUUUUAAGUUUGUUCAACCACUUCAAACUGGAUAUUUUGAUUAUUUGACAUCAAAUCCAAUACAUUUUUCACCAGCAAGAAAACCAAACAACAUAAAUAAUCGAUGGAGUGAGAAUACCAUUUAUAUUUUAGAUGAUUGGCAAAAUAAUAUCCAAUGGCCAAAUGGCUUAACUUCUAGUCAAUCAAUGGGUUUUAAUGAUGUAACACCUUGGAGUGCAGAUUUCUCUAAUCCGUUCAAAGUUAGAUCAGCAUCUCCAUUAAAUAAACAUUCAAGCAAUCCAUUUUUAUGAAACCAUUUAUGUGUCAUCAGAGAAAAUUAAAUUAAUUGGUAAAUCGAGAAGUAUUCGACAUCAAUGCAAAACUAUAACAACGGAUUUAUUAUAUUUUAAUAAGAAUACAAUGUUACAAUUUUAAACUUGGCAAAAAAUAUAACUAAACAUAUUCAAUAAUAAUUAGCAAGAAAUAUUAGAUUUUUAAUUWAUUAUUUAUUUCAAGCAUAUAAUCUCAGCAUAUAAUAUAGCUGGCCAUUUAUUACUAUUCCURCAUUCAAAUUUAAGCAACUGUCUAGUCUUGAAAAUAUUUAUAGUUUGCUUCAAGUUUUUGCAUAAUUAUUUUUACAUAAAAUUAUUUUUGUA